AAGGCGAGUGGCGAUGCACUUUUGUCGCGCUACGGGGCAGCCAGUUUCGUCUCCAUGACGAGGACAAACAAACCGUGCAUUGCUUUUGUAAAGACCAUUUAAUCGAGAAUGCCGCAAGCGAUGCCAGAAACUGCGAUCACGCCGAAAAGUCCAUGCUCCCGGGGCGCAUCGACCAGCUACAGGGAGGACCGUUGCCGCUUUUUUGUGGAAAAGAGGCUGCCACGAUGCGUACGACAUAAAUUUCACACGUACUCCCAGCUUCCCGUAAGAUGUCAGAGACCUAGCCCGUAUUACCGUCCGCCGAGGACCUCCUUCCGACUGGCCGGCCUCGGGACGAUCAAUUGCACGUCCUCGAUAAACACGGCGAAAAGCUGCCCGGAAAAUGCCACGUGCGGUUCGAUGUUUCGCGUGAUCGGUACGCCCCCCUGCAAAAAGAGCUUAUCCUUGAUCGAUCUCUCGCAGUCGGUAAUGGAGGCAGAGAAUGCUGACCUUAGGUCGGACAGUAGUUCAACGUUGGAGAGGCUGGAGGAGGGGCACAAGAUUUACGCGGGAAACGACAGUGGUAUAGGAUCGGGUAUAAAAACCUGGAUGGACGGUUUCGCGUCGUCGGAGUCCGAGGAGGGGGGCUCGCAGCUCUUCAAAAACCCAAGAAAAGCGGCGAGCUUGGUGUUCCACGUGCUCGUGCUGAACGCCUGGAGGCGCAGACGCAGCGAGGUGCUCUAUCUUCGCGAUACGAUCGACGAUCUGGACCAGGAAAUCAAACACCUGCAUCUGCAGAUAUUCGUGCUGCGUCGGUUGAUCGACACGGAGAACAAUCGUGUCGGUAAACUGACACACGAGGUUCAAUACGUUAGGGAGCAACAUGACGAAACAACGAAAGAAAAGAACACGUUGAAGACGGAAAAGGAGAAAAUGGCGGAGGAGAUGACGCGUCUGAGCGCUGUCUCGGAAGAGAGGCUGGUCGCGGCGGAGAACGUGCGAAACGAGCUGCUAACCGCGCAAAAUCAGAUCCGUGGGUUCGACGAGCAGAUCACUAGGGACCGGGAGAAGCUGUUGAAGCUACGAGAGGACAAAAGAUUGCUUCUGGAAAAGGUGACGAUCUGCGAGACGUUGGUCACGGAACAAGAGGCUAGAGCAGAGAAGGCGAACUCGGCCAUAGAAGAGUUGCAAUUGAGAUUAGCUAAACAGAUCGCCCUCAACGAGUCCUCGCAGCAACAGAUUCAACGAUACAUCAAGGAAGUGAAAACUAAGGAAGACGAGAAGUUAAAAUUGGAAAAACGCUUGAAAAUGAGCGAGGACACGGUAAAAUCCUUAAACUUACGAGCAGUGGUCCUAGAGGCGCGACUGUCUGAUCGCGAGACAGCUUUGUGUCGUAUGGAGGAACUAUGCAAUUCGCAACAAGUGGAAGUGAACGAGUUGAGGGAACGUCUGAUACGGCAAUCCGAAGAUAGCAGGUGGUGUAGCAGAAUGUUGCAAAUUGCUGGCACCGUUGCCCGCGUACCGGGGGUUAUUUUGCGUACUUUGUUGUCAACCACGAGUCCAGCAUUGACUUCUUAAGGUGCAGCUGUUCGGGCAAUACUGCACCACGUUUUAAAGUUUUCUUUGAAAUGAAACUUUAAUGUUGUUUGAGAAGUGGAACUUCGAGGUUGAUGACAAUGAUCGUUCGGAACGGAAAUGCUGGACGCGAGUCGAGGGAGGAAGAGUUGCAUUGAGACUCGGAACGAGGAAGGUCGAGAAAAAACGGACAACAGUUUCGAAACAUUCGCAAAUUUGCCGGCAUUUUGUAUUUCUCAAAUUAUACUUUAUUUUUGUUUAUUUUUUUUUUUUUUAUUUCAUAUACCUGUCACUACGCGAGACUUUGUACUAAUUAUAUAUAAUAUAUUGAAUCGAGAGGAACGGAGAAACUUGGGAAUGAUUGGAAACUGUGCAACAUUUCCUUGCGGACGAAAUAAAUAUCGAUAUCGUAUGCCGUUUUUAAUCUAUAUUUUACACUUUGUUUGUCCGUGUAACAUGAUAAAGUGACAAAAAUAAGGUACCGUCAGCAUUCCUAGGCGUUAUAUAAUCCAAUACGUUACAAAGCGAAUAACAAAUACAUUUGCAUAAUCGAUAAGUAUAUAUGUACACACAAUCGUGGUUAGUGCGUGUUUUACAUAACGAUUACGUAUACGGAUUUAACAAAAAAAAAUGCUCACGGUAUAUUAUUUUUUUCAAAACACGUUACAAUAGACCGGUUAAAUCCUAAGUAACCCACGUACGUGUGACACAAGUACGACGUGUCUGAUCACAUUUCUCUUUAUUGUGUACUUAAGUACCAGAUAAAAUUAUGAUUUCUCGUUUCGUUUGGUAACAACAUCGUCGUCGUCCCUGCGGCGUGACGCCUUUCGCAAAACACUUCGCCAUUGCGGCACGGGCAUCCCCUGGCUCGAAGAUAAUCAAUUUUUUUUCAAUGGAAGAUUCGUUUGUUCGUUUAUCACAAAAUCGUUUCGUGCACGAGCGCGUUAAGUGUAGCAUGUAAUUCUCACUAGUCGACCUAAAGUAUCAUUUAUUGCGUAUUAUCAAUCGCGACCAACGUAUUGCUCUUUAAUUUUCGAGACUGAGAAAAACUCGCUGUCCCUAUCAGAGA